UUGUCCUUGUAUUUUUCCCGCACCAAAGCUGCAUCAAACUAGUGCGCAGCUCCGCAAUAGAAGCUUUGGAUUGUGCGAACAAAAUGCCGAAAAGAGCUUAUCCAUUUACCGAGAGCUUUUCUUCACAGUAUAAAAUUCACGUCGGGCAAAAUGAGCUCUGUCAAAACGGAGUCUUUGGAAACAAAUACAGACAGGAAAUCUACGAGAAAACGAAGAACCUGCUUUUUAACGGGGCCAAGGCGGUGAUGGGCAGAAUAUGGACUGGAGAAGAUAAGUGCUCAAUCUCUGUAGCCGAUGAGAACACUGCCAGCAGCCAGUUCCUGCUGAAGGGACAGACUCUCAUUGGACAAGACGGGAAGCUCACGAGGGGAACAAGGGCAAAAGGUCCAUCAUCUAGUGGAGUGACAAACUGCUGUGUGUGUUUGAAGAGCCAGGGCACAGUGACGCCAUGCUCCCAGUGUGACCGUGCAGUCUGCUCCUCCUGCACCAGGCAGUGCUCCUGUUGUAACGGCUCCUGCUGCUCUGUUUGCACAACUAUAGAUUACAGUGGCCGAUAUGAUGAAAUCAUAUGCUGUGGCUGUUCGACGUGAAGGAAAACCAAAGGAAAAGACCAUGAUACUUGAACAUAUGUAGUGUCUAAUAAGUUACAACUAUGACUGCUUUUUAUACUCACCACUCUUGUAUGUAAUGCAAAUUCUAUUGUGUAUAUAUUUCCUGCACAUUUUAUCUGAAAAGUCAAAUAA